GGAGGCAAGAGCGGCGGGUGCCCCCUGCGCGCUCUGCCUCCUCCGCGCACGCUCCUACCUGUAGAACCCGAGGGGCUCCCCCUCGCCGGCCACCUAUUCUUUCUCCUCCGGAAACCUCCCGCCUAGCAACCCGCGUCUCGCAUAGGCGGCGCUGGGACCCCGGGACGGGGCGCCAGGCUCGCAGCUGGUGACAUGUAGACGCGCCCUCCGCGGUCCAGCCUCGGCACCUGGGCACCCUUCUGCCCGUAAAGUUUGGGGCUGGGCGCCAUGGCCAAGAGCAGCUCCCUGAACGUCCGCGUGGUGGAGGGCCGGGCGCUGCCCGCCAAGGACGUGUCUGGGAGCAGUGACCCCUACUGCAUCGUGAAGGUGGAUGACGAGGUGGUGGCCAGGACAGCAACUGUCUGGCGGAGCCUGAGCCCCUUCUGGGGGGAGGAGUACACCAUACACCUGCCCCUGGAUUUCCACCAUCUGGCCUUCUAUGUGCUGGACGAGGAUACAGUGGGGCACGACGACAUCAUUGGCAAGAUCUCGCUGAGCAGGGAAGCAAUUGCAGCCGACCCCCGAGGAAUUGAUAGCUGGAUCAACCUGAGCCGUGUGGACCCAGAUGCAGAGGUUCAGGGUGAGAUCUGCUUGGAUGUACAGAUGCUGGAGGAUGCACGGGGCCGUUGUCUUCGUUGUCAUGUGCUCCAGGCCAGGGACCUGGCCCCCCGGGAUAUCACCGGCACAUCUGACCCAUUCGCACGAGUGUUCUGGGGCAGCCAGAGCUUGGAGACAUCAGUGAGUGGGGGCAUGGAUCGGGGGAGGGGCAGGCAUGGAGGCAGGGCCUCCUCAGCUCUCCCUCACUCCCCCUCUCCCCAGACCAUCAAGAAGACCCGCUUCCCACACUGGGAUGAGGUGCUGGAGCUGCGGGAGAUGCCGGGUGCCCCAGCCCCACUGCGAGUGGAGCUCUGGGACUGGGACAUGGUGGGCAAGAAUGACUUCUUGGGCAUGGUGGAGUUCUCCCCACAGGUCCUGCAGCAGAACGCACCCAGUGGCUGGUUCCGUCUCCUGCCCUUUCCCAGAGCCGAGGAGGAUUCUGGGGGGACCCUGGGCGCGCUGCGGCUGAAGGUGCGCCUCAUCGAGGACCGCAUCCUGCCCUCCCGGUAUUACCAGCCGCUCACGGAGCUGCUCAUGGAGUCUGUGCUGGGGCCGGCAGAGGAGGAUGCUGCUAGUCCCCUGGCUGUGCUGGAGGAGCUGACCUUGGGGGACUGCCGCCAGGACCUUGCCACCAAGUUGGUGAAGCUCUUUCUUGGCCAGGGCCAGGCUGGGCCCCUUCUGGACUAUCUCACCCGGCGUGAGGUGACCCGGACCACUGACCCCAACACCCUCUUCCGUUCUAACUCCCUGGCAUCCAAGGCAAUGGAACAGUUUAUGAAGCUCGUGGGCAUGCCUUACCUGCACGAGGUCCUGAAGCCAGUGAUUAACCGCGUCUUCGAGGAAAAGAAGUACAUGGAACUGGACCCGUGCAAGAUGGACCUGGGCCGCACCAGGAGAAUCUCCUUCAAGGGCGCACCCUCGGAGGAGCACGUGCGGGACGCCAGCCUGGGGCUGCUGACCGGCUACCUGGGGCCCAUCGUGGAGGCCAUUGUGGGCUCUGUGGGGCGCUGCCCGCUUGCCAUGCGGCUCGCCUUCAAGCAGCUGCACCAGUGCGUGGAGGAGCACUUCCCCCAGGCGGAGCACGAGGAUGUGAAGUACCUGGCCAUAAGUGGCUUUCUCUUCCUGCGAUUCUUUGCGCCUGCCAUCCUCACCCCAAAGCUGUUUGACCUCCGGGACCAGCAUGCAGAUCCCCAGACCAGCCGCUCACUGCUACUUCUUGCCAAGGCUGUGCAGAGCAUCGGAAACCUGGGCCAGCAGCUGGGCCAGGGCAAGGAGCUAUGGAUGGCGCCCCUCCACCCCUUCCUGCUGCAGAGUAUCUCACGUGUGAGACACUUCCUGGACCGGCUGGUGGAUGUGGAUGAGGAGGAGGAGGCUGGGGGCCCAGCCAGGGCCCUGGUGGCCCCCUCGGUGAUUGUUCGUGAAGGUUACCUGCUGAAGCGCAAGGAGGAGCCCGCCAGCCUGGCCACACGCUUUGCCUUCAAGAAGCGUUACUUCUGGCUCAGCGGGGAGACUCUCUCCUACUCCAAGAGUCCUGAGUGGCAGAUGCGCUCCUCCGUCCCGGUGUCGCACAUCCGCGCCGUGGAGCGCGUGGACGAGGGCGCCUUCCAGCUGCCGCACGUGAUGCAGGUGGUAACGCAGGACGCCGCCGGCGCGCUGCACACCACCUACCUCCAGUGUAAGAAUGUGAACGAGCUCAACCAGUGGCUGUCGGCCCUGCGCAAGGCCAGCGCCCCCAACCCAGACAAACUGGCUGCCUGCCACCCCGGUGCUUUCCGCAGUUCGCGCUGGACCUGCUGCCUCCAGGCUGAGCGCUCAGCUGCUGGUUGCAGCCGCACACACUCGGCUGUCACCCUGGGGGACUGGAGCGACCCACUGGAUCCCGACGCUGAGAUCCAGAUGGUGUAUCGGCGGCUGCUCCUGGGGCGGGACCAGCUCAGGAUGAAAUUCCAGGAGGAUCCCAACACAGAUUCAAGCCCAGAGGCAGAUGCAGAGAAGAGUUCCGGGGCCACGGAAGGGGCCUGUCCCGAUGCCCUGGCCCGGCCGAGAGAGGCAGCCGCCCGCCUGCUGGAGGUGCUCGCGGAUCUGGACAGAGCCCAUGAAGAGUUCCAGCAGCGGGAGCAGCAGAAGGCAGCCCUGGGCCCCCUUGGGCACUAAGGAGAUGCCAGAGCCAGCCUGGAAGGAGGUGGAAGGAGCCAGUGGGCCCUUCUCAGUGCACCCUGGCCCCUUGAGGCUGUCCUGUACCUCGUUGAUGCUGUAGGGUGGAGGCUUCUGGAGAUCUCCUAGUCUCUGUGCCCUAAGUCCAGAACCCUGGGCAUGGAAGCCCUCUGGCAGGGGGCUGGCCUUUGUACUGAAUGAAUCUCAGUCUCUGGGCUGAGGCAGAUGGGAGUGGACGGGAUAAGCACCCCGACUCAUUCCGCUCAGCGGAAGGUCUCUGCUAAACCAGACUGGCCUCUGCCCACACUGACCAAGCCAGCCUGGUCCCGAGCUGCUAGAUACAGCUGUACGUGAAUCCCCGAUACCCACGUGGCCUUGUUGCCCCAGACAGGCACUAAAGAGGCUCAGCCCUUCCUGUUUUCAUGUUUUUGCCAAUCCGUGUAACCUUACUGAUCCUCCCGAACCCUGCCUUGCCGAGAGUCCUAACCACAAGCGUCUAGAAUCAGGCUCCCUCGGGAAUAACAGAGGCUUGGACCCCAGUGUGCCAGACUUAGAUCCUUGGAUCCUGGGAGACCUUGGGCUAGGUUCUGAUCCCCUCUUCGAGCCUCAGUUCAUGCUGUAUAAAAUGAGGGAGUGUCUAGA